AUGGAUGUGAAAGGUGAAACUAAUAAAGAGGAGAUAAAAUUUGAAUUUCCACCUAUUUGGCCUGAUAUUAAAACUGAAUUAACAGAGUAUAUUGAAUGUUUGGACAAUCUUCCAAUAUAUCAUGUAGACAAGACACAAUGUUAUUGGUCAAGAGAACCUGAUUUUUUAUCACUUUUUGAUGUUGACCAAGCACCACUUGGGACUACAUUAAAAUUUGACCGUGAUCCUAUUACUGGAAAGCUUGGAGAUAUGAAUGAGGUUGUUUUAAAAUCAACAGGGGAAACUGCACAAAAUUCAAUGUCUAUGACUCGUGCACCAGAACCAACUGCUCAUUAUAUUAAAGGAAACACUAGUAAUAUUCCAUUUUGGCCAGGUGGUUUUGAUGAACCAAAAAUGACAGUAGAUUCAUCAAUGGAGGAAAUUGACUUUGAAAACAAUUUAAGAACAUUAGCAAAAGGAUUCAGUGCUGGUGUAAUAUUUAAAAGUGACAAUUUUACUGUAAAGGAAGGGACAAUGGAGGAACAGGAACCAUCAGGCUCAGAAAGAAAUGAUAUUGAAGUUAUAGCAGACAAAAUCAAUUUAAUGGCUAUUGUAAAUGAAGAAAAAAAUGAACUUGAUUUCUGGAAGUCAGAAACAACAGAAACAAAGGAAGAAACUGAAACUGCGUUUUCACCUUUUCAAGAAUCGUCAUUUGACAAAAUUGCUCCUUUAUUAGAAGAAACAGAUAUUUCUGUUCUAAAAAUUUCGGAAAAACGCGCUGAAACUGCAAAAUUAAAAUGGGCAGAACAAAUAAAUGUGUCUGUUCCAGCAACUGAUUUUGAGAAACGAAUUCCUCAACUAGCAAUGAGUUUUCCAUAUGAAUUAGAUACUUUCCAGAAACAAGCAAUACUUAAAUUAGAAGAAGGCUCUGACGUUUUUGUUACCGCUCAUACCUCGGCUGGAAAAACGACGGUAGCAGAGUAUGCAAUUGCAUUAAGUCAGAAACACAUGACGAGGGUGAUUUACACGUCUCCUACAAAAGCGCUUUCAAAUCAAAAGUAUCGAGAUUUCACAAAGAAAUUCGAAAGCGUAGGUUUGUUAACGGGAGAUCUACAGAUUAACCAGAAAGCUUCGUGUCUCAUCAUGACCAUCGAAAUUUUACAAUCCAUGUUGUACUGUGCAUCGGAAGUUUUAAGAGAUUUAGAAUUUGUUAUAUUUGACGAAGUGCAUUAUAUUAAUGAUGACGAGCGUGGUCAUGUUUGGGAAGAAACUGUAAUCCUUUUACCGCAAACAGUUACAAUAGUAAUGUUAUCAGCAACUGUGCCAAAUCCUUUAACAUUUGCAGAUUGGGUCGGACAUACUAAAAAGAAAAAAAUGUACGUAAUAAGCACUGUACAACGACCUGUACCGCUUCAACAUUAUUUGUACACUGGAACUGAUGGUAUUACUAGAAACGACAUAUUUUUGGUCCUGGAUGAACGCAAUCAAUUUCUAUUAGAUAGCUGGUAUAACGCAACAAAGGCAAAAGAACCGAAAAAUACAAGCACCAAAAAUAUGAAGCAAGUUAGGAGGAAACCACAGCAACAAAAAAUGACUCCUAAGCAGGAACAAGUAUUGUGGAACGCUUUCAUAAGUCAUUUAAAAGCCAAAAACAUGUUACCUGUUGUCGUAUUCAUGUUAUCACGAAAGCGGUGUGAUAUGAGUGCUGUAUUAUUAAGAAAUAUCAAUCUUACAAGUGAGACUGAAAAGCACACUAUUAGAGUCUUCUUUCAAAAUAAUAUUCGACAUUUAAAAGGUACUGAUAGACAAUUGCCACAGGUACUUUUGAUGCAAGAAUUAUUACAAAAUGGAAUUGGCAUCCAUCAUAGUGGUAUAUUGCCUAUUUUAAAAGAAAUAGUGGAAAUGCUUUUUCAAAGUGGAGUAGUAAAGUUACUAUUUGCGACAGAAACAUUUGCAAUAGGUGUAAAUAUGCCAACACGUACUGUAGUCUUCGAUUCUAUUAGGAAAUACGAUGGUAAUAAUUUUCGGAUACUUUAUCCUACCGAAUAUAUACAAAUGGCUGGUCGAGCUGGUCGCAGAGGUCACGAUACAGCUGGAAUGGUUAUAGUGAUGUGUCGAACAUCUGUGCCACAUUUUAAUGAGUUAAGAAAUAUGAUGUGUGGUCAAGCUCAAAAUUUGGAAUCCAAAUUUAAAGUAACAUAUUCCAUGGUAUUAAAUCUUCGAAGGCUAAACGAAUCGGUAACGGUUGAAGCAAUGAUAAGACGUUCCUUUAAAGAAUUGCCAGUAACUUUGAAACAAAGUGCUUACAAAACCGAAUUGGAAAAAGUAGAAAAUGAUCUAUGUAAUUUACCACCUCUAACUGAUCUACAGAAAAAACUGUCCAAUUUUUAUAAAGUGGCUACUGAAUAUCUAGAAUACCUCAAGUAUUUGAAACCUACCAUAUGCGAGAGACAGAAAAAGGCAGUAAAAUGUUUAACACCCGGUAGAAUUUUGUUAAUAUCUUUCGAAAAUCAUUAUAAUAAAUUGGCUUUGUUAUUGAGCACUGUUCAGAGUAAAGGUAGUGUGCACUACAGGGUGUUAAUUCUUAAAAAUGCCGAGGUACCAAAAUCUACUGAAGAGAAACAAUCAGAAGUAAAAAAUCAGAAGUUUAAGGAAUCAGAUAAAUGGUACGAUAUUGUUGCUCUAACAAAAAAAGAACUGUUUGUACCAGUUGGAGUUCCAUCAGAUGAAGUGUUGACUAUAGCUGCGUGGAAUAUAUUAGAAAUAACAAAUUGUCAAAUCAAAAUAGAUUGUAAUUUGAUUCUAGCAAAUUGGGAAAAGAGACAAAUAUUAAGAUUCAAAAACGACCCUCCUAGCCAAACUUGUCAAAUAGCCCUACAAGAAUUAAUGACAUUAUCUCUUAAUGCUUCUCGCGAUUCUUCUAUCUUACAACCAUAUGUAGAGAUGAAAUUAAAUUUCGAUGACAACAUUCAGCUUUUGCUCGAUUUAAAGAAAGCUGUGCAUGACACGAAGUGCACGGAACUAUUAAAUUUUGAAGAGCAAUUCGAAGUUGUAUUUGAACGAAAUGAGUUGGAGAAUAAGAAAAAUAAACUUCAGCAGAAACUUAGCGAUGAAGGAUUGAGUUUAUAUCCCGAGUACACAAAUGCUGUUGCUCUUCUUAGUGAUUUGGGAUAUAUAGAUAAUGACGAAAGAGUUGCAUUAAAAGGUCGAGUAGCUUUACAAAUGGGAAGUAACGAAUUGUUAAUCACAGAACUUAUUCUUAAAAAUGUAUUAACUGUACUUGAGCCAGCUGAAAUAGCGGCCUUAUUGUCUACUUUAGUAUUUCAACAACGGACGGAUGUUGAACCAAAUCUAACAGCAGAAUUAAAAAGGAGUUGUGAAGUACUAAAGGUAAUACAUGCUGAAUUUGAAAGUUUAGAAAAUCAAUAUAAGCUAUCAACGCUACAACCACUGAACUUUGGUUUAGUAGAAGUAGUUUAUGAUUGGGCACAAGCAAAAUCAUUUGCCGAAAUCAUGGAGAAGACAGACGUACAAGAAGGAAUCAUAGUACGAUGUAUUCAACAAUUAAGUGAAAUAUUGCGAGAUGUUAAAAAUGCAGCGACCACAAUAGGCGAUCCCGUUUUAAAGACAAAGAUGGAAGAAGCUUCUACUGCCAUUAAGAGAGAUAUUGUUUUCACAGCAUCAUUGUAUACACAGAAUUAA